AUGUCUCUAUUCGGCGGCACCCAACCUCAGGCAAGCGCCAGUCCUUUUGGCAAUACGGCGAACAAGCCGAGCUCCUUUGGCGGAUUCGGUGCCAGCACAACCACCCCAGCUCAACCAAGCGGCGGAGGCUUAUUUGGCUCGACACCGCAGAACCAGCAGCAAGGUACUACGGGAGGCGGAUUGUUUGGAUCAAAUGCUGCUGCUCCGGCUCAGCCACAGCAGACUGGAGCAUUCGGUUCCAAUGCGCAGAAGCCCUCUUUGUUUUCGACACCUCAACCAGCUGCGACGACACAAAAUACAGGUGGUGGCUUAUUCGGACAGAAGCCCCAGCCGGCUGCAGGAAGCAGCCUGUUCGGCGGCGGCGGCGGCUUUGGUGCUACCACGCAGCAAACGCAACAGCCGGCAACCGGCGGUGGAUUCUUCGGAGGUGGGCUUGGGACCAGCACGCAGCAACCACAGCAGCAACCACAGCAGCAGCAGCAGCAGGGUGGUCUACUUGGGGGAUCCCUCCUUGGUGGACAGCAGCAAAACCAGCAGGCGCAACAAUCUCAAUUCGGGCAAACUACAAUGGUGCAGCCCCAGGCUGAUCAGCAGCAACAAUCCCUCUCAUCAAGCCUCUGGUCCCCUGGUCGCGCUAUCACUGGAGUACAUCGCACAGUUCCUAUGCAGAUCGCCAUUGUCAAGGAUAAGUGGGACGCCCCUAGUCGUUCAUCCCCGUUCCGGUCCUAUCUUUAUAAUCAAGUCGGAGAGGAGAACGCACCUUUCUAUCAACCGGGACCGGAAGACGACGAGGCGAAGUGGGAAGAGGCUUUGCGGAAACGGCCUGCUCCUGGAUACGUCCCUGUGCUUGUGAAGGGCUUCUGGGAGCUUGGCAAGCGUGCGCAGCGACAGAAAGAUUAUCUUGCGAUGAUGCAGACACGCCUCCACGAAAUCAAUAAUUGCUUGACUGACCUUCUUUCACGACAUGACUUGAAGAUUUCUGUCAAGGUUGCGGAUGCUCGUCGUAAGCAUCUGGUCCUAAGCAAGCGCUGCCUCGCUCUCGCAGCCAAGACACAAGUCCUGCGCAACCGCGGCUAUGCGAUGGAUGAUGCCGAGGAAGAACUGAAAAAGAAAUUGGCUCAACUCGAGCGCGCCGUCUUCGACCCAUCUUUGAAUGGUCGCGGAGAAGAGAUCUGGGCCCGAAUGCUUGCCAUUCAUGAGCACUCCAAGCGACUGCAGGCAGAGAUGGAGCGCGCUGGACCUGCGGCAGCUGCUAAUGCGGAGGAUGAGAUUGAUGAGCAGACCAUGAAAACUGCCAAGAAGAUCCUCGACGAUUACCAUGCCCAGAUUCAGCACUUGCAAAAGGAGCUAGAGUCGGUCAAGAAGGACUUCAACGAUGCGCAGAAGCUUAAUGGAAACUGA